AAAAAAAAAUGGCUAUUGUUAUCGGAACCAACUUCGGAUACUGCGUCAUGGCCGCGGCCGCCAUGUGCGUGCAGUGCUUCUUCGAGGGCACUCGGGUCGUUGCCGCCCGCAAGAAGUACAAUGUCCAGUAUCCGGACAACGGCGGCGGCCGGUAUUCUGACAAGCUCAAGGACGAGGACUGGGUAGCCUUCAACAACGUCAAGCGCGUCAGCGAUAACUACUCGGAGCAGAUCGGCAUGGUUCUGUCGGUGCUGAUUCUCGCCGGUCUGUACCAGCCCAAGCUCGCUGCCUCAUUCGGCGCCUCCUAUGUUGUCGGCCGCUUCCUGUACUCGAUGGGCUAUCGCAGCAAGGGUCCCAAGGGCCGCAUGGCUGGCGCCCUGCUUAUGACCAUGUCUUUCCUUGGCCUGGUCCUGACUGCUGGCUACAACUCGGUGACCACCACCCUGCUCGCCUAA